UCUCCACCCUGCUGCAGCCGCUCACCCGCAGCCCCUUCCUCGCUCCUCGCCUUUCCUCAACCAUCACUCCCUCUCGCCCAGCCGCAGCCAUGUCCUCGCAGUCGGCCAAGGUGCUCAAGAACCGCGCCAUGGAGCACGGCGAGGCAAAGUGGAUCCAGCUGCGCGCCAUCGAGUGGCGCGACCCCAGCGGCAAAGAGCGCAAGUGGGAGGCCGCAGACCGCACCACGCGCAACGGCGACGUCGACGCUGUGGCCAUCUGCGCCAUCAUCACACGUCCCUCGUCCGAGCCGCACAUCCUUCUCAUCAGCCAGUUCCGUCCGCCCGUGGCCGCCUCGGUCAUCGAGAUGCCGGCCGGCCUGAUCGACGCCGGCGAGGAGGGCGAUGACGGCACCCGGCGCGCUGCGCUGCGCGAGCUCGAGGAGGAGACGGGCUAUGGCACGACGAAUGAGGGCGGCCAGGUCGACGUGCUAGAGACGAGUGCCAUCAUGGUCAACGACCCCGGUCUCUCGGGAGCGAACAUGAAGCUCUGCGUCGUGCGCAUCAACCUCGCAGACGAUGCUGCCGAGCCCGUCGCCAAGCCCGAGGAGGGCGAGUUCAUCGAGAAGCACCUCGUGCCGCUCAAGCAGCUCUACCGCACACUCAAGGACUUUGAGAAGAAGGGCUACGCCGUCGACGCCAGACUGGCACAUCUUGCCGUCGGCCUUGAGCUGGCGUCGCCGCAGGGCAUGUUCAAGAUCUAGGCUGGCGAGCUGAGCGUAAUGUACCAUAGGAAGCCCUGUCAGGCGCGCGUUUGAGUCGCCUCAGUGGUCCGGUCACCGGAGAUGCCACGACGUGUUUCGAGAGACGCUUCCAGCCAGCGCAGAGCUUCAGAGAGACGUCUUGCCGUAUCACAUGAGGCUCUGCUCCAACGAGGCUGGCAAAUGGAUCUAUGGCGCAGUCUACAG